CCAAUCAUCGCGAGACUUCCGGGUCGAGUAUUAAGAAGACCUAUGCUGUCGGCGUGAACUCUCGUGAGAUCUCCUCUCCGUGUCAGCUCUCAAGGAUUCCAGACUCUUUCUCAGUUAUAUAGCCUAACGCUUUUUCACAAGACUUUCAUUCUAUUACCUCAGUGGAUUAUUCCACACAUCAGACUCACAGCUUUCUGGAUUGUGAUUGGCUAGACGAAGCAAAACACUGAAUCAUGGGGAAUAUUUUUGGCAACCUGCUGAAGAGUCUGAUAGGAAAGAAAGAGAUGAGGAUUCUUAUGGUCGGAUUAGAUGCUGCUGGUAAAACCACCAUCCUGUACAAACUUAAACUGGGAGAGAUCGUAACCACUAUCCCAACCAUUGGUUUUAAUGUUGAGACUGUGGAAUAUAAGAACAUCAGCUUCACUGUAUGGGAUGUGGGCGGUCAGGAUAAGAUCAGACCACUCUGGAGACAUUACUUUCAAAAUACACAGGGGCUUAUCUUUGUGGUUGACAGUAAUGAUCGGGAGAGAGUUAACGAGGCAAGGGAGGAGUUAAUGAGGAUGCUUGCAGAGGACGAAUUGCGUGAUGCCGUUCUUCUUGUUUUUGCUAACAAACAGGAUCUGCCAAAUGCUAUGAAUGCUGCUGAGAUCACAGAUAAACUCGGCCUCCACUCGCUCCGCCAUCGCAACUGGUAUAUUCAAGCGACCUGUGCAACCAGCGGUGAUGGUUUGUAUGAAGGGCUUGACUGGCUCGCCAAUCAGCUCAAGAAUAAGAAAUGAAGGGCGGGGUUUCCAUUAUGUGGGCGUAUCUCACAUUGGGAAAGGGGUGGGACUAAUUUGGCCUUUGGAAUCGGUUUGUUUUUUCUUUGUUUAAUUUGGUUUAUUUUUUGUCUUAUUUUGGCAAAUAUGUGGUUAAUAAAGCCUUCUAUACUCUGUAUAUAUGCACACACAGUUACACGCACAUAUGCACACCAACGCGUGUCUAAUUUCCUUUGUUGACUUUUCCAUUUUCAAUGUAUAAUGAACCGUCUGAUAGUACAGUGUCAGAAAAUAGCAUCAAUGUUUGGUCAAUACCUCUCUCUCCCUUCCUUCCUCACUCACUCUGUAUUUACAAGACUGUCAUGCAAAAGAUUGCUAUGCGAUUGACCAUGCUCGUGUAUAAUGUAAUAUGCUCAUACAUUUCCUUGUAUUGUCAAAAUAACCUCUCUACACUCUAUUUUCAGUAAAUGCAACAAUAAUGUAGUUUGCCUCCUCACGUAUACAUUUUUCUGCAGUCUGUGAUCAGGUUAGGUACCCUGCUGUGCAUGGCUCUCAGUGUCGUGAUUAAGCAUUGUGGUGUAGUAGAGGGUAGAACUGCAUGUGUGUUACAAAAGAGCUGCUCGAUGUUGCAUGCUGCUUUGUGGCUGUGCUGUAAUAAAAUGGAUAAAGUGACUGGACACUGUAGAAUGAAUGUAGAGUCUUGAGCUUGUCUUUAAUCUGUUCCUGCUGAUAUCCCUUUCCUAAAUUUUUAAUAUAGUGUUGUUACUUCCAAGGGCGUAGAUUUGGCUUGAUCAUUGUAUAAAUAUUGGGAGGGAUGUACUUGCUCGUUUCGAUUAUUGGAAUCUACGCCCAUGGUUAUUUUGCUGUAAAUAAUGCUUAUGUUUCCAACCAAGUGCCCAAUUGUUUAGAUAUAGAAUUGACUUGGCUAAUUGUUGCAUGGGUAAAACGGUAUUGUUGAGUUAAACUAACGUUGUUUGCAUGGCUUGCAUGCUGUGCUGUUAGUCCAAUAGAUAGAUAGAUAGAUAGAUAGAUAGAUAGAUAGACAGAUAGAUAGAUAGAUAGAUAGAUAGAUAGAUAGAUAGAUGCUACUACUAAUUUGCCACUGAUAUUAGAUUAUUAUGACACAAAUCCGUUGAGUUUUUUGAUUUUGCACUGUGAGAAUUUCAGUUCAUACAAGUAAACAGUAGAAAAACAGCACGCACACUUGUACAUGAAACUUGGGCAUAUCAGUGGCCAAUGGCAAACUGCAUUAUUAUUCAUCUCUUUCUGUUUUCUGUGUAUUGCAUGAUGCUUUGCAAUGUUUUAUGGUCGUAAUGUGAUGUUUUGUGGGUUCAGACUAACAUAUCACCCCAUUGAAUGUUAAUCUUAUUUUUUUUAUCUAUGCUGGUGUGCUGACACAUUUUGGCUUUAUUUAUGCUAUUUUUGAUUUGUAGAUUUCAGAGAAAAAUACACUCACUUAGCAUUUUAAUAGGACUACACUAUGGUCCUAAUAAAGUUCCCUGCUGUUGUAGCCCAUCCCCUUCAAGGUUCAACAUGUUGUGCAUUCUGAGAUGCUAUUCUGCUCACCACAAUUGUAUAGAGCGGUUAUCUGAGUUAUCGUAGCCUUUCCGUCAGCUCAAACCAGUCUGGCCAUUCUCCGUUGACCUCUCUCAUCAACAAGGCAUAUUUGUCUGCAGAACUGCCGCUCACUGGAUGUUUUUUUGUUUUUGGCACCAUUCUGAGUAAACUCUAGAGGCUGUUGUGUGUGAAAAUCCCAGGAGAUCAGCAGUUACAGGAAUACUAAAAACCAGCCCGUCUGGCACCAACAAUCAUGCCACAGGCGAAAUCACUGAGAUCACAUUUUUUCCCCAUUUUGAUGAUUGAUGUGAACAUUAACUGAAGCGUCUGACCCGUAUCUGCAUGGUUUUAUGCAUUGCACUGCUGCUACACGAUUGGCAGAUUAGAUAAUCACAUUAAUAAGUAGGUGUACAGGUGUUCCUAAUAAAGUGUUCAGUGAGUUUAUAUGAAUAUAAUACUUUUUUCACGCUGCUUUUUCCAUUAAUGUUGGAUACUCUUAUUCCAUUCACAUAUCACUUCAGGUUACAUGAAACAUCACUAACACAGUCUGUAUGUGUUACUAAAAUACAUACAGUAUAUCAUGGACAAAUGGAAAAUCAAACGCUAACAUAUUUUAUCAUACUAGCUCGUGUAAAUACAACAAACGCAUUUAUCCUGCAUUGCGUAUGUGUUAAAAAUAAAUGUUCACACAAAUCUAAUACUAACACUGUAUGUGUUUAGUUUCUAGUUUGUUCUGUGGGUAUAGCGUUGUUCUUGCAUUGCUUUGCAUAUUAUUUCAAGCUAAAACUACCUACCACAACCUAAAGUGUGUAUAUAUGACAAUUCAGACCAGUUUGAAGGUUCAGUUAUGUAGAGAGUGGGUGAUGCAGGAAUGAGAGAGUUACCAGGACAAUUGUGCUAUUCAGCAAGACGCUUAACCUCUAAUUGUUCAGUUUUUCUAUAGAACAGAAGCAUAGUUAGCUUAAAACACCCUACAGUUCGUCCACCAAUAGUGGUUCAGCAUCUAAUGUAAAUAUUACAAGGCUAUUUAUACACAAACCUCCAAGUCUACAGUGUGAAUUGUCCAGUCUGUUAAGUUCUGUGGCCUUAUCUUCUUACAAAAGUAUGUUUUCACAAGGUUAUUUAUUAACUAAGUUAUUGGGUCACUAAGUUACUUUUUAGUUUUGAGUUGAUGUGGGAACAAAAAGGGGUAAAAUCUCAAAUACAUUGUUUUGCUUGAUUUUGUUGGGGGGGGGGGGGGGGCAUUUAUUCAUUGCAUUAGAUUGUGUGCAUAUUGAAUAGCUAUAGGGUUGAACUUUUAGAAUGUUAAAAAGUCUUAUUAAAAGUCAAUAUUAUAUUUUUAUUUAUGUAUUUAUUUUGGUGAGUGUUCUGGUGAAUGUGUUUUUACCUCUGUGUGCUUAUGGUUUUUCUUGAUUUUUUAAUGUGUUGGGUAAAUUAUUUUGAUGGCUUACAGUGUCUGUGAACAUAACCAAUGCAGGGGAAAACAACGUCUCAUUGAAUUAUUAAAUGAAAAAAAUAGAACUCUUAGAAAUCAUGGAAGAAAUGUGUAACCGUCUGUUACAGUAGAUGAGGAAAGAUCAUUGUUGAUUAUAUGAUGUAGACACCAAUCAUUCUCUCUCUACAAUCCUUUGACUGUAACACUACACUCAAAUAAAUACUUGGAAAUUGC